GUUACGCGCAGGAAUGAGGGACCGGAGGCUGGUGAGGUUGGCCCUGCUGCAGCAUCUCCGAGCCGCCUAUGGCAUAAAGAUCAAAGGCGGUCGAGGGCAGUUGGAUUUCGGCCGGCAAGAGUCAACAGCUGUAGCCAUUGGGGGGAAAAUAUUUGGAGUACCUUUUUCUGCACUACCCCAGUCAUUUGUACCAGAAUAUGGAAACAUUCCAAGUUUUCUUGUUGAUGCUUGCACAUCUUUGGAAGAGCAUGUUCAUAUUGAGGGGCUUUUUAGGAAAUCUGGAUCAGUUAUCCGUCUAAAAGCACUGAAGAGCAAAUUGGAUCAUGGUGAAAGCUGUCUGUCUUCUGCACCUCCUUGUGAUAUCGCAGGACUUCUUAAGCAAUUUUUUAGGGAGUUGCCAGAGCCCAUCCUUCCAGUUGAUUUGCAUGAAGCUCUUAUCAAAGCUCAACAGUUGGAAACAGAGGAGAAGAAUACUGCUACAAUGUUGCUCUCUUGUCUUAUGGCUGACAGUAUAAUUUAUAUAUUACGAUACUUUUUUAGCUUUCUCAGGAAUGUUUCUCUUAGAGCCAGUGAGAAUAAGAUGGAUAGCAGUAAUCUUGCAGUAAUAUUUGCUCCAAACCUUUUACAAUCAAGUGAUGGACAUGAAAAAAUGUCGGCCAACACAGAAAAAAAACUUCGACUGCAAGCUGCAGUGGUAAAGACCCUUAUUGAUCAUGCAGCUGAUAUUGGGCGUGUGCCAGAGUUUAUCGUAGAAAAGAUACCAGUCAUGUUGGGUAUUGAUGGCCUCUGUUCUACUCCAUCACUGGACGGCUGUGAAGAAGGUGAAUAUGAAUCUCCUGUUGAACAUAAGAGAAAGAGAAGACAGAGUGUAGGUGAUUUUGUUAGUGGAGCACUGAAUAAGCUUAAGUCUAACAGAACGCCCUCUACUACACCUCAGCAAGAGAAAAUUGCUCUGUCAUCAGUGACGCCAGUGAUUCUUACACCUAAGACAAAACGAAAACUACCAAUGGAUUCUUCAUAUGGCUUUUCAAGCAAAAAAAGGAAGUCCAUCAAGGCCAGUUUCAACUUUGAGUUGUUACCAAGUAGUUUCUUCAGUAGUGUUUCAACACCUGCAUCAGUUCAAUUAGAAGAAAGCCCUGGUGCAUCUUCUCAGAGUUCAAUCUCCCCCAUAGCCAUCAGUGGAAAUCAUCUGUUCAAUACAGGUGUUCAGAGGCGAAGUAAAAGGAUUGCAAGCAAAAAAGUAUGCAGGGUGGAAUCAGGGAAGGCAGGUUGCUUCUCUCCUAAGAUAAGUCGUAAAGAAAAGGUCCGAAGAUCUCUUCGUCUCAAGUUUAGUCUGAAGAAAAGUAGCAGAGAUAUAAACAGAUGUUCUGGUUUGAAUAGAUAUGAACAUGUUGGACGAAGACUUGCAAGUCAACAAGAUUUUAAAAAUAGGAUUGAAUCUGUAAAAACUGGACUGCUUUUCAGUCCAGAUGUUGAUGAAAGAUUAACAAAGAAAGGGUCAAAGCAUAUCAGCAAAUCUGAGGAAAAUUUGCUAACUCCAGAACAAACGGAUGACGUGAAUUACCGAAUGUCUUGGACUGGACCUAAUAAUACCAAUUUUCAAGAAAUUUGUACAAAUGGGACAUCACUUCUUAUGGGAACUUUUGACAAGGAAAGUAAUCCUUCUGAACCUGUCCUUACGGUUGAAAUACCACCUGAAUUUCCUUGUGAACUCACAGAUGUUAAUGUAAAUGAUAAACAUGAAAACAGCCUAACUGGGAGCUCUCUUAGUGGAGAUGAAAAUAAUUUAACCACAGAAACUUUAGUGAAAAUUCAGAAAGCAUUUUCUGAAUCUGGAAGUAAUCUUAAUGCUUUGAUAAGUGACAAUCCUCCCUCAGAAUCUUAUUCAAGAAAAGAAAAAUUAAAUGAAGUACCUAAUGUAGAAUUUAGUCCAGAGAAGAAUCUAUCUGAAGCUAAAGACUAUCAUGAAAUGACAAUGCUGUCUAUGGAAAAGCAUGAUGAAAACCAUACUAAUAAAAAGGAUUCCAUUGUUCCAGAGCAAAACUUCUUAGUAAAUCAAAUUCAAAAUUUGGUAACAGAUACCACUAUGGAAUCUCAUACAAUUCAGAAAACAACUAAAUCGGAUGAGAGUCUUCAUUUAAAUAUGCCCAAGGACUAUUUAAAUAAGCAAGAAUUUCCUAGGAAUGACCAAACAAAUAAACAAGAACUCCCUAGAGACAAAGAAAUCAUGACAGUGGAAGAGACUAAAAUUAAUAUUGAAGAAAAUGAACUGAGUUGCUCUAAUUCUGAGGAAGUUGUCACCAAAUCUUCAGGACAGAUUACAUGUCAUAUAUCAAAAUUACCUAGGAACAUAAGAACUGUUCAACAGCAGUCUUUGGUACAAACUUGCGAUAAAACUCUUCCAGGGGAUUUUCAGACGACAGAUCAUGGAAGGGUUUCAGAUCACAUACAUUGGUUUAAUAAACUUUCAUUAAAUGAUUCAAGAACUGAAAGCAAAGUUAAGUCACCUCUGAAAUUUCAGCGUACUCCUGUUCGUCAGUCUGUCAGAAGGAUAAAUUCCUUAAUAGAAAUGAAUAGACAGUCGGGGAGGUUGGCCAGUUUGAGAGAGGUGCCUUCCCCAUUAGUUAAAUCCAUUAGCUGUGAUAGUGAUCUUUCUUCUCAUAUAGAAAGCACAUCAAACAAUUCCUCUGCUGCUCUUUUUUAUUCAGAGCAUAAGCAAAAACAAAAGUUUGUGCCAUGUGACCAGUCAAGCGCAGAGCUAACUUCCAAAUCCAGCAUAGAGUCAUCUUCUAAACCUUGCCCAAAGGUGAAGAGACACCCAGACUCAUGGGGUACUUCUCUGAGACCUACAAGAGUUUGCAAACAGAAGGUGAUACUUGGUAGCCAAAUCAAGUCAGUUUUGGAUGACCUAACUAAUCAUGAGUCAUUAAAAUCUGUUGUAAAUACAAGUGCAGCUUUUUCUGUUGGUACUCAAGAGAAGAGUGUUGUCAGAAAACCACCAGGAAGAGAAAGGGUUUGGUAUAAAGGUUCUCCAAAGAAUCCAAUAGCAAAGGUUCAGCUACUGCCAACAACUAAACCUCUGGAACUGUAAUUACAGAACAUUUUUUUCUUGAUUUAGUAAUGUAUAUAGGAUUAAGAUUCUGGUGCUUGAACUGUAGCAUAUAUCCAUGCCAGUUUGUAGCUCAGACUGAUUGUUUUAUUGGUUUUUUUUUAAUGUUUUAAAAUCUCAGUGACAAAUGUCUUGGGUUUUUAUGUUUGUACAAAUUUCACUGCCCUGAUUUAACUUUAAAAACGUUUUUCUGACUGGAUUUAUGAGUUGUUCUUAAGACGUAAUUUUUUUUUUUAAUAAAUGGCUUUGGAAAUGAAAGGAAGACUAGGCUAUUGCCUCUUUGAAUUCCUAAGUUAGAUAAAAUUUCAGCAAAGAAAAAGGCUAGAUAUGUCAAGAAAAUAAAUUAAUUAACUAUUUUUGUCUUAUUUCUUUAAUUAUAUUGUUAAUAUUCAGAAUCUUUGUGGAAAGUUUCAUUUGAUACCUUUACUAUUGAUAUAACAUUUUUGAAACUUCUCUUUUGUUCUUUAAAAAAUGUUUCAACAUCACAUAUACUUAGAACAAGUGUGUUCUGCUGUGCAUUUGCAUGGAUUUUUAUAAUGUGUUUGAGUCAGUCCGAGUUAUAUUGUGGUGUCUCAGUCAGGCCAAUCAGUGUACUAUGAUUAUGAUGCAGAAACAACUGAUGACUUUUAAGCCAUACUGUAUGUUUAAAGUUAAUUUGCACAAAUAUGUUUGUACCUGUUGUCUUGUCCUAUUUGUAAUUAAAAGUAUUUAAGGAGGAAGAGUAAAACUUGAGGUAACUUUGAUCUUUGGUGAUUCCUGUAUACAAAUAAUUUGGAUUUUGAUAUAAUUGAAACAUCAAUGUACAUUCAACUUAAGAUGAAGGCUUGUAAUGAUUGUGUUUAAAUGUUAUUUAUUUAGCAUAGAUAUUAAAAUAAGAAUGUCCUGGAAAAUUGUCUGAAACUAUAAAAAAUGUGUCAGAGAUUGAAUAUAAAAUGUUUUGUAGGGGGAAAAUUGAGAAGACUAGUUUGGUAGAGUGAUCGAGGGGGAAUAACAGGCUGGAACCAGAUUGUGAAAGGUAUUUUUAAAUGUCAAAUAGUUGUUUAGAUUUUUUUUCCUAGUGGGGUAAUAGAAAGUUGCUGAAGACUUUUUGAGUAGAGGAGUAACAUGGUUAGACGUGCCUUAGGGAUGGAGACUGGACCUGUAAUUUCUUUGACAUACGGAUUUUCCAGAUGAGGAAGCUCCAUCAGUAAAUGGAGUCAGCACCUUCUUUUCAGUUUAUAGUUACAGAUAGUUCUGUACCACUGAGAGUUUGUGACUUGCCCUGGGACACACAGCUAGUAUGUGCCAAAGGUGAGACUUGAAUUCAAAUCUUACCAAUUUCAAAGCUAGCUCUCUAUUCACUAUAUUUCCCUGUAGCUGGAUCAUAGCUUUUAUGUGUAGGACUACAGAUUCAAGUCCACUGCCCCAUGCUGUCUCUUUCUAGGUCUUGCAUUCCUUUGAACUUUUAUUUUUGGUCUUAAUCUGUGAAUUUCAUCAGUGAAGGGAACUCCUAUCAAUGCAAAUUGGCAGGUGUUCUGCCACUAGAUUGUUUUAGAGUUGCCUGGGGCACUGAGAAAUUAAAAGACUAACCUAACCCAGGGUUAAAACCUCCAGGUUGGAAGCUGAUUCUUUAACUUAGACACCAUGGUUCCUUUCUGUCCUUUGAAAUAGUGAUUUUCAAAUGUAUAUCUACCUUAUUUUCCCAGACAGUUCCUCCUGCUCUGUCAUCAUACUGAUCAUUCUGCACUCCCACUAACUCCCACCAUCACCACUAACAAAAAUGGGUUUGGAUUCCUUUAUUCUAAAGUUGUUUCAUUAUUUGUUCCUAUUGCCAAAAUCUUUACAAAUUUCCUGACACUAUUUC